AUGCAAGGCAGCAAGAUCCCUAACGUUGAUGAACCCGAUGUCGAAGCUGGGAUGGCUUCUCCUUCUUUAACCAACGAGCAUGAGCCGAUGGCUUCUCCUUCUUUAGCCGACGAGCCCGCCGAGCAUAAUUCCACUGAUGAAGUGCCCAUUGUGCCUCCUAACAAUGAUCAUCUUCAUAACAUCGUAGAAGGGCUCAGCAACUUGAAUCUGGGGAGAGAAGGGAUCCAGCGCCCUACCAUAGUCUUAGUCGGAGGCCACGACUAUGGGAUGUCUAGUGUUCUCGAGUCCUUGGCAAGACUCAGUUUUCGUGGGAAAGGACAAAGCACUCGGGUUCCGCUAGUGGUGAAGCUUCAGAAAAGCUCCAACCCUGUCCCAGAGAUUUACCUUGAGUAUAAAGGUAAAGUUGUUACUACAGAUGAGGAACACAUAGCUAAUGCAAUUGGCACUGCUACUGAUGAAAUCGCUGGAUCUGGUGAAGGUGUAUCAGACAUUCCCUUAACUCUCCAUGUGAAGAAGACUGAUGUUCCUGAUCUUACGUUGGUUGAUCUCCCUGGUUUAAGAAUUCCUGUCGAUGGAAUUCCAAAAACCAUCUCUACUAAGAUUUACAAUAUGAUUAAGAAGUUCAUCAAGCAAGAUGAUUCGAUCAUUCUUAAUAUUUUGCCAGCAACAGUGGAUUUCACAACUUGUGAGUCCAUACUUAUGGCCAAGAAAUUCGACAAAAAAGGGGAAAGGACUCUGACUGUGGUAACAAAGGCUGACAUAGUUCCUGAAGGGCUGCUGGAGAAACUCAGUGCGGAUAACAUGAGUAUCGGUUUUGGAUAUGUUUGUAUCCGAAACCGGGUUGGUGAUGAAAGUUUUGAUGAAGCGCGCAAGGAAGAAGAGUUACUUUUCAGUAACAAUCCAUUGCUUUCCUUGAUAGACAAGAAUAUCGUAGGCAUUCCGGUUUUAGUUAAAAAGCUGAAGCAGAUCCAGGAAGUGGUGAUAUCCCGACUAGCUGCAAAACCGCCCCUGAGGAGAUCAACCCGGUCAAAAUUUCUAAACCCCUACUUGCGGUAA